AUGGCCCUCACACUCUCCACCCUCAGCACGAAGCUAUCCACCGGAUUCUCCAUCCUCCUACUCACCACAUGGACCCUCACCGCGCUCGGCUUCACAGCCCUAAACGUCCUCAACACCAAUAGAACCUACAUCGAGUCCAUCGCCUCCAUCAGCCUGCUCACAUUCCUACUCGCUCGCCUCCUCGUGCUCUCCAACCCAACAACCCCCACCAGAACCCCCGCCAAUGAAACCAUCGCGCACAUCCUAACCUCCGCCCAUCGGCACUCCCGCAAAGAAUCCCUCCUCCUCUUCGCCUUUACCUGCACCUGGCUCUACGAACUCCUCUGCAAAGCCGUCCUCCUGUUCUUCAUGACCGUGUUCGGCGGCGUCGUGGCAACGAUCAUAUACAAUGACGCCGAGGGAUGGCACGCCACGGAUAACAUGGGCUCCGCGCAAGCAGGGCAGCAGGAUGACGGUGCAGCGACGACGGCGUUGGCGGAAAUCGACCAGUUCAAGACGCGUGCGGGGGUGGAUUUCGAUCCGUCUGCGGUGUUUAGGUGGAUUCCGCCGAGGGCGUUGGUUUAUUUUGCGGUGUUGGUGUGGGUGGAUUUUGUGGGGUUGGGGGUUUAUGUGUUGAGGUAUGCUUGGAGGGCGUUGAGGGGGGUGGUGCGUGAGGAGGGAGAUGUGAGUACGGUGCCUGUUGUUGUUGGGAAGGGGGAUGAGAAAUGA